AUGUCUCGACGCGCUACCCCGGGCCAAGCUGCCCAGAAUCAGCAGACUAUCAAAAGUCUGCUGAAACUUGAGCCCAAUAAAGUGUGUGCUGACUGCAAGCGCAACAAGCAUCCACGAUGGGCCUCUUGGAAUUUGGGUAUCUUCGUCUGCAUUCGCUGCUCCGGUAUUCACCGAGGAAUGGGUACACACAUCAGUCGAGUCAAGUCGGUGGAUUUGGAUGCCUGGACCGAUGAACAAGUCCAGAGUGUGCUGAAAUGGGGCAAUGGAAGGGCCAACAAGUACUGGGAAGCGAAGCUGGCACCUGGCCAUGUUCCGUCGGAUGCGAAAAUCGAGAACUUCAUUCGAACCAAGUACGAGGCCAAGCGAUGGGUUAUGGAAGGUGGCAUACCGGAUCCUUCCACCUUGAGUGAAGGAGAUGACGAUGUUUUGUCCAGGAAAAAGCGAAGAUUGAACGCUCCGCCUCCCAGCGAGUUGCUCCUCCCCCCCCAACCUAAGCGCCAGCAAGCUCCCAUUGAUCUCUUUGCCGAUGAUGAUAUGAUGGCUGCCCCGCCUAGACCCAGCACGACGGAGCCCUCUACUCGUGCACCUCCACCCCCGCGACAAGCUCAACCUACACAGCACAAGGCCCAGAAGACGGGUGAUUCAUUGCUUGGCCUGGACUUCUUUGGUAGCGCUCAACCGCCUGCCGGAAGCCGGCCAACUAGCACCUCAUCCACACCCGCUGCGCCGAGCGGGAUGUCCCGCCCCGAUUUGAAGCAAUCGAUUCUGUCUCUAUAUUCGAAGCCGCAGCCUGCAUCGGUUCAACAUGAGCGGAACAACUCGUUUGGCGACAUGGCAUCUCCGCAGUCCACCUCAUCCUCAAACAUGGGUGCCAAGCCCGCCGAGAAGCCAUCUCCAUUUGCAAACCUCACAAACUUCGGCAGCGCCAAGUCGACACCGGCUGCUCCCAAGGUUACCUCUCCUGCUGGAUCUGCUAGCGGUGACCUUUUCGCGAGCUUGACCUCUCCCACCAUGUCUGCAACAAAGCCCCAGUCGCGAACCACUUCUAUUUCCUCGAACUCCCAAGACUUCGGAUUUGGAGGAUUUUCUUCGCCGCCGCCCCAGCCCAAGCCCAACCCGCCAUCUUCAUCUCUCUCUAAUGACCUUUGGGGUUUCUCUUCUCCGCCCGUCGCACCCGCAGUACCACCUAAGCCUAUUGUGUCAUCUCCCCAGCAGGAGAUGAGCUCCGCAUUCAAUAUCUCUAGCCCACCAGUGCGGUCUCCUCCCCCUCAACAGGCCCAGAAGCCUGCAGUCCCCGCCGCUGCCGCCGGUAUGAUGGACCCCUGGGGCGGCAAUGCUUGGAGCAACCCCGAACCCGCUUCAGCACCCGCUCCCGCACCGGCCGCCUCGUCCGGCGCUUCCAUGAUGAAGGUCCCUGAUACACUGACUGCCAACGACAUUGGCAGUGGCUGGGGAGCACCACCUCCCAAGCCUGCCCCCGCCGUGGCCGCGGACGAAGACUUUGGCGGCUGGACCAGCGCUUCUCCCAUCACGCCUGCGACAACGACCAACAAUAGCUCAACCAAGCCGGCUGGCGGGUUUGGUGGUGGAUCGGAUGACCUCUUUUCCAACGUUUGGGAGUAA